AUGGACCAGAAUGGACGCCCGGCCGUCCAAGUGGUCAUUAACGGCCAUGGCCACCCUCAACGACCUUAUGGCGCCAUGAAUCACCAAGCCCAGCCCCGGCCACUGUCUGUGGAUGAAGCACUGCAGUAUUCAUCCAUGUCCAGUGCGCCUGUCUUUGGCCUCGACUGCAUUGUACGCCCUGAUGUUGGACGACCUUCGAAUUCUACUUCCAUAAAUCAUGUCCUCCAAGAAGGCCGCAAGACACUCGCUGAACUCGACGCGGAGAUACAGCAAUCCGGACAAAAUGAAUCGGGUCGCCUGGAGACAUCCAGGGAAUAUAUCCAGCAGCUGCUACACGGGGAUCAUCUGACAGAAUUUAAAUUCAAGCUCCCUCGAUUUCCCGCUCGCUGUCAACAGCUGAGCAGAGAUGAAUCUCAACCUGUGCCCUCGGGUCGCGACAGUCUUGGAUCUUUUGCGCGUAUGAUGCUCGACUCUACUGACAUUGCCUUCCGAUAUCCCGAAGCAAACACCAAACCCAACCUCAAAGAGAUCCCAGUUCCAGUUCCAAGGACUCCUAUUCAACGCGCAAACCCGCCAAACAAAUCGAAACCGGCCUCGUUCUCAAACACCCCGACACCAAGCCAAUUAUCUGUGGUCAUUCCAGUCAAGCCAUUGCCCUCGUCUGUCGUCCAUGUGAAUCCAAAAGAGAGCGGGGAUCACGCGAUGGCGGUGCGGCUAAAGGAUCAGAAAGCGGAAGCAGAUGAGGCCUUGCAAAAAUUGCAAGAUCUUCUACACGAAAUCUUCGAAGCGGAGGAUCAAAUUGACCCAGAUAGCUCUAACCCGUCCAAUGACACGCCCAAUCCGACAUUUGUGAACGCCCAAUCAUUAGAGGUGCAUGGGCUGGUACUUUCAGCUGAUGCUCACAUUCGGCUCCAGAAAGCCCUGAGGAAAGUGGCAGGGUUCGAUCGACUCCAGGACAUACCUUCCGACUACCUUACUCGAAUCCAGAAACUGUGCGAAAAGCCUAUAAUUGCUGCACAGUCCCUGGGUCUGGCCUUGGGCGAUUCAUCAAGUAGCAGUGAGCUUGAGCUGCAGGAAUGGCUGGGGAAAAUCGACGAUGUUACAAUUGCACUUGUCGCAAUCAGCACAUUACUGCAAACCAUGUCCGGGCGUCAAACCGAGCGGGAGCUUUGCCCGGAAGAUCUCAUCGAGGCCAUCCCAACCGUUCUCAAUCAAGUCUUUGACCACUGUAUCAUUCCUGCUGUGGAAUCGCGUCCAGGUGGCAAGGACGGCCAACAUUUCCAAUUCUUCUCAGCCCAGAAGCGAAUCAUCGGGAAUCUUGUCCAUCAGAGCAAAAAGGCCCUUUCUCUCCUCGCUGACUUUUUGGCGCGCAUCGAUGUUUCAGAGGGCACAAUUACAGCAACGGAAUUCUUCGCAGCAAAGCUCAUCUUCGUGGAAAAUGCCCACCAUGAGAAGGAUUCUGUUCUAGGCCAACAGAAAUAUGAGCCCGCAAGGCGUGGCGCAAUGGAUGUUCUUGCGAAGAUCUUUUCCAAAUAUCCCGAUCAACGGCCCUUCAUCCUGGAUGAGAUUCUGGUGUCGUUGGAAAAACUUCCCACGACGCGCCAAAACGCCAGGCAAUUUAAGGUCGCUGAUGGCAAGAGCAUUCAACUUCUCACUGCGCUGGUGCUUCAGCUUGUUCAAACGACCGCGCUAGAAACGCCGUCACAAUCUAAACCUAAUCCCCGUGUCAAGGCGCAGACCGACGACGACGACGAUGAACUCAUGGGCGAUGGCAAGCUCGAAAAUGACGGGUCUGACAACGAGACAGAAGAGUCGCUGGAACGACUGGCCAGCAAGGCCAACCGGCUCUAUGACAACGCAAUGCGCUCGGCACAAUACAUCGUCAACUUCGUUGUCCAGCGUGCUAUGAACUCGACGAAAACCGGCGAUCAGCCAUACCGGAACAUCCUCGACCUUUUUACCCAGGACCUGAUCAACGUUCUUGGAUUGGCCGAUUGGCCAGCUGCUGAACUGUUGCUGCGUAUCCUGGCGUUACGCAUGAUUCAGAUCACGGACCAAGACAAGAGUGCAGCAAUCGCAAAAAGCAUGGCUUUGGAAUUGCUGGGUUGGAUGGGAUCUGCUAUCUCAGACUUGAUAGCAACUGCUCAGCAUAUGCUUCCGGCCUUGGAAGACAACUCUGACUCUGAACUCACUGAUUACUUAAAGCAACAAUUUGAGGACUUCACAUCUGGUGCACUUCACCAGCAAGACCUCAUUGCCCCUAAUGGUCCACACAGAAUUGCACUGGAACACCUGGUGCAGGACAAAAAGAAAGGGGACAAUUGGCAACUCACUAGUGCACGCGGCUACUAUUUGGCCCAAUGGGCCAAGUCCGCUUCUGCACUUUAUUACAGCUCUGAAGAGAACGAGGAGAUCGCGCACGGUGAUGUGACUGAUGAAUUGGUCGUCUUCCUGGCCAAGUCGCUAUCUGACCCACGCUGGUUGGAAACGCACCAAGAGUUUGACAGUGUGCCGCAUGUGCACGGGAAGUUCGCCUAUAUCCUGACUGUCUUGAACUCAAACUUUGGCAAAGCGUUUGAUACCAUUCUGAAGGUUCUUCUUGCUUCAUUCCUUGGUGACUCAGCCAAGGUCCGCAGCCGUAGUCUCAAAAGUGUCAUCUACAUGCUUGAGAAAGAUCCGAAUCUGCUGGACAGAGACCCAUCUGUCUUGCGCGUGAUUCAUCGGUGCACGACGGACGCCUCGCCUAUGGUCCGAGACUCGGCAUUACAACUGAUUGGACAGUGUAUCGGGUUUAAGCCGAAACUCGAAGAAGAAGGAUGCCGAAGCAUCUUGGCCUGUGCGGCUGACCAGACUGCCGGUGUCCGCAAACGCUGCAUUGGCCUGCUAAAAGAGAUCUACCACAAGACCUCUCGCAAGGAGCUCAAGCUCGCUAUUCUGGACAGCUUUCUACAGCGCACUGGUGAUCACGAGGAAAGCGUGGCAGCCUUGGCUCGCCAAACAUUCGAAGAGAUAUGGCUCACUCCGUUCCAUGACUCCAUUGACUCAACCUCUGACCCUAAGCUUAAGAUGGCUCUCGGGGAGCAGGUCACCCUCAUUGUAGGUCUGGCCGAGCGCAGCGAGACUGCCUUGGACUCCCUUAGCAUUUGCCUCGGCGCAGUGCUUUCGGAUAAAUCCAAGUCCGCGGCUCUUAACUUCAAAGUUUGCAAGGCGAUGGUUGCAACCAUGUUCGAAAGAUUGGUGGAAGACUCAGAUGGAUCUCGCAAAGAAUUCCAACAGGCUCUCCUGCAAACGAUCACUGUGUUUGCCAAGGCAAAUGCGAAGCUAUUUAGCCCUGAUCAGCUGGAGGCUUUGCACCCUUAUAUUGGCAAUCUCUCAACUACCGACGACCUCUUCAUAUUCCGUUCGGUAGUGGUGAUCUACCGCUGCGUUCUGCCAUUCUUAUCCUCAUCUCACAACACUCUCCUCAAGGAAGUCCAGAACGACCUCUUCAAGAGUGUCGCCAAACUUUCCCGCCCUGAACUCAAUGAAGUCAUGGCCUGUUUGUGGACCAUCAACGGCGUUCUGCAAAAUACAAACAGGCUUGUGAAGCUCACGGUCUCUGUAUUGAAGCCAUUGCAGCAAUAUAAGAGCAUGGAUCUCGCAUCAACCGCCCACGCAGCAAUUUUGGCUCGCGCAAAGAGUUACAUUCGAAUUGCAGGAUGUGUUGGGCGGCACUGCGAUCUUGAGAAGUAUGCAUCGCAUUUUAAGAGCGAGUUCCAAACCUCUUGGCCUGGUGGUAGCGGUGGCUCAGUGGCGGCGUUGAUGGUUGAUUCUAUCAUCCCCUUCACUAGAUCAAACCAGCCCUUUGAAUUGAGAGUCAUGGCGCUUGAGAGCCUGGGGUCUGUAUGCCAGUCUUGGCCGGGUCAAUUUGGCAGGGAAUGCACGCGACAGACAUUUGCCCAGACAUUCAAGGAAGAUGCUCCUGCCCUGCAGAACAUAGUUCUUCGGUCAUUUGCAGACUUUUUCGCCAUCCACGAGGGCAAGUCCGAAAAGGCUGUCAUGCCAGCUGCAGACACAGUGUCCCAAGAAGACACCAGGCUAGGAGGCUCCCUGAGAGCGAGCGACAACGAUGGUGCGGCUGCUUUGAUUGCCCAGCACUUCCUCUCAAACAUGCUUCAGGUCGCGCAGUCUCGUCAGGACACCUACUCUUUAACCGCCAUUGAGCUCAUUGCCAGCAUCAACCGGCAGGGUUUGGUGCAUCCCAAGGAAUGCGCUGGUGUUCUGGUCUCACUGGAGACUUCUACUGUCCCGGCAAUUGCCAAGGUAGCCUUUGAGACCCACAAGAUGCUUCACCAGCAAUACGAAUCCAUGUUCGAGCGAGAAUACAUGCGAGCCGUGCAGGAAGCUUUCUACUACCAGCGUGACAUUGUUGGGGAUUCCCAGGGUGCUACUCCUCGGCCGUACGUCUCCAAACUCGCCCCGUUGUUUGAGAUUGUCAAAAUCAGCAACAGCCGCUAUCAAAAGAAAUUUCUGUCCAACCUCUGCUCUAAAGUCGACUUUGAGCUGAAGAAGUUGGACGCGACGGGCGAUCCCCCCGAACAUCUCCUACUCUCGCGGUUCAUCUCCCAGAACCUUGCCUAUUUUGACUAUGGUCAACUGGCUGAGCUUUUGCCAACUAUAUCUGGCAUCGAACGCAUUGUCUCUGCUACUGGCACUGUUGUUGCACAUGCGAUUGAAACGGAAAUCUCUCCCACCCCGAUUGGUGCUCCUCACUUUGAUGCUUCCAGCAACAUGGUGCCAGGGUUUGCGCCUGAGAUGCCACCGACAGUCAUGCCGCGACAAGCCAAUCCUGCAACCCUGAGGUUGCUAGCCACGGCAGCUGCAUCACUAUCCAUGCUCUGGGAAGCUCGAACCCAUCUCAGGCGUCUCUACGGCGUGAAUGCUCACAGCAAGAGCAAGGAGGGAAAACCUGCUGCGAAGGAUCUCAACAAAGCUGCCACCAAAGCUCAUGGAGUGACUGGUGAGAGGUUUUGGGAAGCCAUUGCUCGCAAUAUGACUGCGUUGGACAGCGAUGAAGCAAUGCAUCAAAAAUGCCGUGAGUUUUCAACUUUGCUUUCGAUCGACGAAGAAUUCCGAGUCGAUCCGGAUGAGGACGCAGAAGGGGACAGUCUGGAUGCCACUUUCGAAGCCGACGAGGCAGUGGCUCCCCGGAACAUGAAGCGCAAGAGCUCUGUUUCCAGCUCAGGCCACAACAAGCGACCCAGGAACCGGAAAAGCUCAUCCGGAAAGAAGAAAUCCAGCGCUGAACCGGACGACGCCCUAGAUUGGGACUGA